AUGAGUGAGGCCUCUGGCUGUUGUUCUGCCGUUCGCCAUUUGGAUAUUGUGCUGCCAUCCGCGGAGUCAACAAGAUUGACUCUAUGCCAGCUUCUUCCAGAGCAGAGGUCUAAGGUAAAGAACUUCUAUAGGCUUGAGCACGUUAGCGAUAUGCUUUAUCAGAUGUCCCUCGUCACCAGCGGUAAGGAUCCCUGCAGUGCUAUAGUGCACUUGGACUCUCUCUAUCUCCGCUGUCUGGCUUUCAUGAAGAAAGAUUUCAAGCGUCCUCAUGUCAAAGAUGUUCGUAACCAACCAGGUUGUAGUUGGUCGGAAAGUCAGAGAAAGAUACUCCAACGGACUCGGGCAAUCCCUUUACGAAUCAAAGGGAUUGGGCUGAUUGACCCCAGGUUCCGGGACGAGAAUCAG